AUGACAAAUAAGGUUGACAGUGUAGCUGAUAAAGGGGUAUGGAUCCUAGGUUAUGGUUCCCUGAUAUACAAACCUCCUCCAUAUUUCAAACACAGACUGCCCGUUACAAUCAAAGGAUUUGUUCGUAGAUUCUGGCAGUCCUCGGUGGAUCAUAGGGGUACUCAUGAGAAACCAGGUAGAGUUGCAACGUUGAUCAAUUAUGAUGAGAUUAAACUAGAUAAGGUGUUAUUGGAUGAUUUUGAAAAAUAUAAUACUCAUGAUAACCUGGAUACAUUAGCAGUCGUUUACUAUAUCCCAGAAGAACAUGUGAGUAAAGUGACACAGUAUUUAGAUGUCAGAGAACAAAAUGGUUAUCAACGAUACAAUUUAAAUGUUGAGUUAGAAAUUACAGAUGAUUAUAUUAUGGAAACAUAUGUAGACGAUGAGGAAACAUUGCAAAGUUUGCUAGGCUUAUAUAAUGGGUUAAAAUACAAUGAAAUAGGGGAUAAAAAGUUGAUUGAAACGUCGGUAUACAUUGGAACCUUGGAUAAUUUCGCUUUUGUAGGGCCAGAGAUUAUCAAGGACACUGCAAAAAUUAUUGCCCAUUCAGUGGGUCCAAGUGGCCCCAACUACGAGUACUUAAAACUUUUGUAUGAAUCGUUGAUCGAACUACAAACUGUGUUCAAGUUAUCCAAUGCAAAGAGUAGUAGUAGUAGCAGUGCCUCCAGUAAUAGUAACAGCACUAGUGAUAUGGCUAUUGCUGCUUUAAAAUCAAAAAUUGAUGAUAGCUUGCUAGCUGAAAAAGUAAUAGAAGAACUUGUAAUCGAAGAUUAUUUACAUUCGUUGUUAGAGGAGGUCGAACUGUUGAGAAUUAGCUAA